CAAUAGGCCUGGUUCUGGCGGUCGGGACGUGUAAAGUACAGAUCGCAGCUUUGAAUGGGGGUCUACUACUAGUUCCGUCAUCCUUUUAGUGCAUGGAACGGCAUCUUUCUAUCAACCACCACACACCAAAAAUCGCUGCAGCAAGGACGGGAAUUGCUGAACCUCGACCCUCCCGGAACACCACAACCGUCACCUCCUUCCGCCACGACAUCGCAAUCGUCGGAAGAGACAGAUAUGGAACAGGGUCCUCCUCAACCGGGCCCAGGGCAAAUGCCCAUGCCGCCUCCUGGCCAGAUGCCCUCGCCCGAGCAAAUCCAGGCGAUCCAGAGACAGCUUGCCAUUGAUGCCGAGAAGGCUGGCAUGACCGUUCCCGAGUUUGUUGAGCAGCUCAAGAGACAGCAUCAGCAGAUGAUGAUGAGACAAAUGCAGAUGCAACAACAGAUGCAACAACAGCAACAGCAACAAGGAGGAGCACCACCCCAGGAAGAUGGCCACCAGCACCAACACCAGCACCAGCAUCAGCAAGGCCCUCCAGCCGGCCAAGCUCGGCCCAUUGUUCCCGGCCCUCCCAAGCCCGAAGCCAUCGCUCUCGCCAAGUUCCUCCGCAGCCAGGAGCUCAAGCCCCGUACCGUCAUCCUCAAUGGCGAACGCAAGGACAUGUUUAGAGUCAAACGUGCCCUCCGUGCUCUCCAGUCCCCCGCCUACGAGAAGGCUCGCAAGAAGAACCCCGCCCUCCCCGAGAUCACCGACCGCGCGUCCCUCGAGAACACCUUCAAGCUGCUGCCCAUGUCCAUGCUUGCUCUGCGCGUCACCAAGAUCGACCCGCACGAGGGCCACGACCACGCGCCCACCAAGAAGCCGCACGGCGGCGGCAAGCGCGUCAAGGGUCUGUGGACGGUGCGGAUCGAGCCGCAACAGGACGCCGCCGACGACCUGUACUACGUGUGGCUGUGGGAGGGCAGCCAGGUCAUGCGCAAGGUCUACGCGGCGCUCGCACUGCUCGUUAUCUUUGCCGUGGUGCUGUACCCUCUGUGGCCUCUCAAGAUGCGCCAGGGCGUCUACUACCUCAGCUGGGGUUUCCUCAUGUUCUUGGGUCUGUUCUUUGCCAUGGCCAUCUUCCGCGUUAUUCUGUUCUGCAUCACGUACUUUGUGCUAUCGCCAGGAUUCUGGCUGUUCCCGAACCUGUGGGAGGACGUCAGUGUCGUGGAGAGCUUCAAGCCUGUCUGGGCUUGGCAUGAUCCCAACCCCAAGAAAAAGAAGAAGAGCAAGUCCAAGACCCCGGCUGGAAGUGCCAAGGCCAAUGCUACGUUUGCCGCUACUACCGGCCAACCUGCUCCGGCUACUGCUGUGACCACGGCUACCGACACUCAAGUUGCUACUGCUACACCUACAGCGGCAGCACAGCGAAACUAUGCUGCCCCGAAGGUGGAGGAGCUUGCGGACGAUGAGUAGGGACUGUUACUUGGUCAGGUAGCUGCUGUGGAAUCUUCCAAAGGGGGAGGGGAGGCCUUUCGUCUCAAACUCGUGACAUUCGGCAAAACAUGUGCCACGGGGGCCAAACGCGAAUGCCGUCGUGAUGGUUAGUUAACCCCAGGCUCUCCUAGUCCUUGGAGGAUACGGCAGCGUAAUGUGGCGAGGGGAGAACCCCGUUUAAGCGAAUGCGUGGGAUAGUUAAUUUGAUUGGCGUUGUUUUAUUAUCAAUGGUGUUUUUUGGGGGGUAAAAGCCAGUAGAGAGCAGCUUCACUGAAGACACGUAAAAAAUGAUAGCUGGUUCAAACAAUCCUCUGAGUGGUUCAACAAUGAAAUGCCCGUGCAGUGCCGCACCAUGCCGAAGCUCAAACAUAUAUAC